AUGUUAGGGCUUCAUGAUCUUAGGUCUCGAUUUGGUAUAAUUCCUCAAGAGCCUGUUCUUUUUGAAGGAACAGUGAGAGCCAAUGUUGAUCCAACCGGACAGUAUUCAGAUGAAGAGAUAUGGAAGAGCCUUGAACGCUGCCAACUUAAGGAUGUGGUGGCUGCAAAACCCGAUAAACUUGAUUCUUUAGUGGUUGAUAGCGGAGAUAACUGGAGUGUGGGGCAAAGGCAGCUUCUCUGUUUGGGCAGGGUUAUGCUAAAGCGCAGCAAAAUUUUGUUCAUGGAUGAGGCCACUGCUUCUGUUGAUUCACAGACUGAUGCUGUUAUUCAAAAGAUCAUCCGGGAGGACUUUGCAACCUGUACAAUUAUUAGCAUUGCCCACAGAAUACCCACUGUCAUGGAUUGUGAUAGAGUUUUAGUUAUAGAUGCAGGACGGGCAAAAGAAUUCGAUAAACCAUCUCGCUUGCUUGAGUGGCCAUCACUCUUUGGGGCAUUGGUUCAAGAGUAUGCCAACCGCUCAUCUGGACUAUAA